AAUCCCACUGAUUUCUGAAGGGAUUACCGAACCAAUCAUGAUAGAGGGACCGCUGGCUCGCUUGACACUGCUCGGAUUGGGAGCUACGUAGUCAGAGAGUGGACUCAGCCCUAUAGGUUCUGGAGGACCGCUGAGAAGUCUUAUUGGACUUAAUUUGUUUUCAUGCAGUGGAGGUAGUUGCAGCGUCUUUUUUAUUAUUUUGGUAUAUAGGGUAACUAAUUUGAGCAGUUUCACCUAAAUCUAUGUUAACUUUUUUUCUCCCCCAACGAUGGUCAGCGCUGGAAUUGUGUUUUAAAGAACACCAUCUCUACUAAAUAACCAGAAUCUGUCUGGCUUUUCUUUGCAUUACCAGCCAAUGGAGGAGGAGAAAGCAGAUGAUAUUAUUCGUCCAAAAUCCAGCUGCCCCGUACCCACUGCACUUCCCAUUAACUGGGAACUCAUUACUGGCCCUGUUCCUGAGCCCCUUUCUUCAGCAUCCUCCUUGAACACCGCACUUCCUCCUCCUCAGAGUUCAGCUGUGCACACUCUACAGACCAAGGUGAAGUCGCUGACACAGAGAAGGACAAGAGGGAGAGAAAGAGAGAGGGACAGAGAAAAGUUGGACACAGAGUUGCAAGUGAAAAGUCCCUCUGGGCAGAUUUCAUCUGAAGUCUUUCUCAGGCAGCGAACCAGAGUAAAAGGGCAGCUAUCUUUGCCUGCAGGCUCUUGGCGAUCAAGUGCAGCGAGGGACUUAAGCAGUAGCGAUGAAGAGGAGGAGGUAGAGGUGCAGGUUAGGUUGGAGAUACACAGUCCUCCAGUUGAGGCAGAAACAGAGCAAGGAGGAGAGGAAAGUGAAGAGGAAAAAUCAGAAAAAAGUGAGGACCAGGUCAUUUCACAGGAAAGACAGCUUUGUGGGCUCGGGGAUGGCACUAGUCUGGAAAGUCUUCUUUUGGACAACUUGUGCAGUAGCAAGGACAACCCAUCACCCCCUCCUCCACUGCCUGACCUGUCCUCCUCUCUCACUGCCGCUUGUUCUUCUUCUGCUUCUUCAUCUUCAGUUAAACACUGGGCACCUCCAAAGGGCUUUUGGAAAAUUGCACGGCCAGAGACUUUGCUUCUUAAUGGGGUUGGCCCUCAUAACAUCCCUCCCACCUUACCUUUGAAGGACUACACUCAGAUAGAGGGACAGGCAGAGCCUCAGAAGAAGUCUAAACCAUCUGACACAAGCAACAAGAACAACAUGGGAUGUGUGGUUGGUGAUAAUGCAGCAUCAUCAGAGCUAAAAUACUCGGAUAGUGUGGAGUGCCACUUGGAAAGGUGUGAGCAAAGUGAGGCAGAUGUGCCUGAUUCGGCCAUAGGGCUGUGCAGUUCAGACAGCUGGGAGAGCAUGUCUUCACAAAGUGGAGUGCUCUGUGCAGAUCUGAAGCUCAGAGUGAAGGAGAGGGCCUAUGCAAAAUUAAGGGAAAGACAACAAAACUGCAGAGAAGAGCAAGAUCAGCAUGGAGAAGAAAGUGUGGGCUAUUAUGGAGAUCUAACAUACAGAGUGGAUUAUAAAGUUUCAGGUAGCCAUGGUGUUUUAGACAGCACAGACACAACCCUUCUCGCUCAGGAACUUGAACCCUAUUUGAGAUCACUUCUUAUAAUCAGUGAUGAGCUACCUCUCAGCCCAAGGCAUGAGCAAGCCAAGCGUCUUCUGGAGCGAGCUAGACUCAAGGCUCGCUCCAGUCACUUUAAAGGUGAUCGCCCCAGACGCUCCCAUUCUGAUCAGAGAUCCACUGUGAAGAAGCAGCAAGUUGAAUCCCUCAGUUCAACAGCAGUGCAGAAACCAGCUCAAACCAAAGAAGAUCUUCCUUCCCAAGCUGUGUCUGGUCCUCUUCUUGUCCCCACUAAAAGAGACACUUCUCCCAGUGACCAAACAGGCCGAUCCAGACGGUACGGUUGUUCGCCCACACGUGUACGCUUUGAGGAUGAAUCAGAGAAAGAAGCAGAGUCUCGCUAUUUGGACAGAGUGAGACAGCGCGGCAGGCCUGGGAUGCCCAAGUCCAAAAGCAGAGAAAGUAAUACAGAUUCCAGCAGUAGUGGCUCAGAGAGAAGCAGAAACCACAGAAGUGUCUCCAUGCCUCCAUCUCAGAAACAAGAAGAUAAUAAUGUGGUAACAAGUGAUGAAACCACAACAGUUGUUAAAGAAAUAAUAGUGCUGGUGAAGAAAUGUGAAGCUUGUGGGUCUGUAGUUAGGGAACCUCAGCCAGUCUCACCACCAUCAGAUCCACAGAACAAUGAUCCGCAGCAAUCUGGAAACCCAGAGGAACCACGAGGAAAAGCAACUCCUCGCUGGGUGCCCUCAAACAAACCAGAUACAAGUACUCGUCCUAAAGCUCCACUCACAGUCACUUUUGCUGGAGCUUAUGUGCUGGGGGAAAAUAAAGAAAGUAGCACAAGCUGGAAGUCAUCUGGCUUUGGGAAGCUCAGGAGAAGGAGCAGGAAAGGAGAAAGUCGAUUAGAGUCGGGCCAUGGUCCUUACGGCCCAUCAUGGGCUCAGCGGCGUAACUCAAAUCCACGUAACAGGGUCAACUUAAGCAGAGCAGUUUCAUUUGCUCCUGGUAGCCCUGUUGAUCUGGAGCCACAUUUACUUGAGGCAUCUAGUGAACUAAGAGAAUCACCCACCCCAGCGCUGCCCAUAAAGUCAGCACUGAAGUCAAGCUCAAGAAAUCGGUCUGCUACAAGCCAAUCCACUGUCCAGUUCCAGAUGUCCUCAAACCAGGGAGGAGAGAAUGGAUCCCAAUCCCUUGACUCCCCAGAAACAAGAAGGGAGUCUCCUGUGUCUUUAAGCCAAGGGGCACCUACAUCAAGCAGCCCAGUGCCCUGUAUCAGGCCCUCCACUCUGAGAUACUCGCCAGCCAGGGUCACCACAGAUUUGCCAUCUGAUGAGAUCUGGGAUGCCAGUCUAGAUGGAACAGCUCUAAGUGUAGACAGUGGUCCUGGAUCAGACGGCCGUGCACUUCGUGGUCUGGGUAUGUCUCGAACUGAGGACCUUAGAGCCGAGCUGUUGAGAGCAGAGCAUCUGAAAGCAGAGGCUAUAUGGGAGGAAAGCUCUGAUGGUUCCAGAAAACUGGAUGGAAGGCCAAAACUUUUCCUGCGUCGCUUCUUUUCCUCCAUUGGUCUGAACAGUGUUGGCAGACUUGUGAAAGGGGGUCGGUCUAGUAGCAUGGAACAGCUCAGUAUCCCUGCUGUUGCCCGGGCAAGUUCAACUUCACCAAGCCCCACACGCAGACCUCAGCCAACUAUUCGCAUACAGAGGACGCCCUCUCUGCAGACCCUCCACACAGUGCUGCCAUUGGCCCAGCUGCGUAAAGCCUCCUCUGUCCAGAGUUUAGAGAGAAGAACAGAGCGUUCAACAAUACUUGGAGAGGUGCAGAUACCAUAUGGUCUGGCACCCAGCCCUGAUAGUCCCCAGCUCGAGCUUCAUAGGGCCUUAAGCGUUGAGGAUGUACUUGUCUCUAGAAUUGUACGCCCAGUGAGUCGAGUCACCCAGGCUUUCCCUGAUGGGACUCUCCUCUUGGAGCUUGUCAAACCUCCAAAUGGUCCUUUUGGGUUUGUCAUUUCAAGGGGCAAAGGUCGACCAGAUACAGGGGUAUAUGUUGAGAAAGUGGGUGACGGCAGUGGUGAGGGCCCAUACACUGGCCUUCUGAACGUUGGUGAUGAGAUUCUACAGGUGAACGGGGAAGCAGUGGCAGGACUCAGUUUGGACCAGGUGACACGGCUCAUGACCAGGGAAAGCACUGCUUCCCUUUGGAUCUUGCCAGCACGACGCAAUCAGCGCUAACAGGCCUGACAGGCAUGGCAUACAGCCACUUAUACCGGAGACACAGAUACUGACUGACCACUCGACAAACACUGUAGAUUGACUGUAACAUAUGGUAGAUGUAACACAGUGCAGUUUGAAACAAGUCUACAGAGAAUAAUAUGCUUCAUUUAUUUUAGUGCAAACCAAUCCAACAAGUACAGAAAAAAUGCUGCUAAGAAAAUGGAUUUUAAAGUUUAUAUUGUGAUAUAGCAGAGAGUUUCACUUCCAGCAUAUUUUUGUGACCAGAUUUAGAUAAACAUGGGAUUCCACCUUUCUUUUCUAUUUUCUCUUUACAUCAUGACAUGAUAAAUCUUACUACGUUUUCUUACAUAUUUGAAGCUGUAAGUAUUGAUCUGUUGUUGAUGUGUAUUUAUAUAUUUAUUUGUUCUUUCAACUUUUUAUUCAUUUCAGAUGAAUGUUGAUAUGUAGGGAUGCAUCACAUGUUAGUUUGGCCUAUAGACGCCCUAAAGUAAGAGCUGUGUGCAGGACCAAGAAAGAAAAUAGUUGUCCUUUUUUCAGAGCAUCAUAUUUCCCUAUGGGCCUCCGCAUUGCUUCUGCUUAUCUGCUAAUU